AAAGGGUGAGUUUUUUUCAAAGGAGAGGAAAUCCUUAGGAAAUGUGUGGGAUCACGCUCGGUGUUUCGAAGUGGUCUGGGCAUUAUUAACAAACUAUUUUCACUGUGUGACGGGAGUUUGUGGUGCACACCGAUCAACCGAUACAAACACGGGUGCGGUGAGUGACAAGUAAGGGGGGGAAGAGGGGAAGCGACCGUCGUUAGGUCAAAAUGUCGAUUCAAUACGAGGUGGAACAGCUGGCUGACAGCUACGGGGUUGCGGACUCGUUCCCCAAAGAUUUCGGUUAUGGUGAAGAGGAGGCCGACAUUGAGGACAGCCCGGCGCCGUCCGACAGCAAACCGAGAAUCCUGCUCAUGGGUUUGAGAAGAAGUGGUAAAUCCUCCAUACAGAAGGUGGUGUUCCACAAAAUGUCUCCUAAUGAGACCUUGUUCCUGGAGAGCACCAACAAGAUCUACAAGGACGACAUCUCCAGCAGCUCCUUUGUCAACUUCCAGAUUUGGGACUUUCCGGGUCAGGUUGACUUCUUCGACCCCACCUUCGACUACGAGAUGAUCUUCAGAGGAACCGGGGCUUUGAUAUUUGUCAUCGAUGCUCAGGAUGAUUAUGUGGAGGCCCUGGGCAGACUUCACCUCACAGUGUCUCGAGCCUAUCGGGUCAAUCCAGAGAUCAACUUCGAGGUGUUUAUCCACAAAGUGGAUGGCCUGUCAGACGAUCACAAGAUCGAGACUCAGAGGGACAUCCAUCAGAGAGCCAACGACGAUCUGGCAGACGCUAGUUUAGAAAAGCUGCAUCUCAGCUUUUACUUGACGAGUAUUUACGACCACUCCAUCUUUGAGGCCUUCAGCAAAGUGGUGCAGAAGCUCAUCCCUCAGCUUCCCACUCUGGAGAACCUCCUAAACAUCUUCAUUUCUAAUUCAGGGAUAGAGAAGGCCUUCCUGUUUGAUGUGGUCAGUAAGAUCUACAUCGCUACAGACAGCUCUCCUGUAGACAUGCAGUCCUAUGAACUGUGCUGUGAUAUGAUCGACGUGGUCAUUGACGUCUCCUGCAUCUAUGGUCUGAGGGAGGACGGCAGUGGCAGUGCCUACGACAAAGAGUCCAUGGCCAUCAUCAAGCUCAACAACACCACCGUGCUGUACCUGAAAGAGGUCACCAAGUUCCUGGCCCUUGUCUGCAUCCUGCGGGAAGAAAGCUUUGAGCGCAAAGGAUUAAUAGACUACAACUUCCACUGUUUCCGGAAGGCCAUCCAUGAAGUAUUUGAGGUGGGUGUUUCCACCCAGCGUCCAGUGGGCUCUCAGGCGGUGGGCUCGCCCUGCACCAAGGCCGUUGCACUGAAUGGAACGCCGCGCAACACUGUCUAGACACUGAUGCAAAAUAAAAAGAAAUAAAAAGACGGGAAAGGAAAGAUGGAGAAGGGCUAAAGAGCCUGUGGACGAGAGACUGCUCAACUGGGGCUCACCGGCACGCCAAUCACAAUCCCUUGCUCCCAGCACUCAAAGUACUGCAGGACAGCUUGAGCAAAGAGUGUGUGAGACAACACGGGAGCACAUCGGGGUUAUGCUACUCAAGCUAUAAUAGAAGGGAAAUUCCAGCAUUCGUUUCAGGUGAAUGCAAGGCACCGUGAUGGCUCUGAAGAAGUCAAAAGAGAAUCCAACUGUAUCUGGACGGGAAAAGGUUCAGGAUCUUUCUUUGGAUUUCCUAAAGCAGUCAAAGGCUGUGAUAAUUAGCUGCUGGUCCCUCCUUAAUGAACAAUGGGAGGAGGGCAAACAAACCCUUGUUGUAACCUCUUGUUUAUGGACAAACUGUGAUGUCAGUUUGCAGGAAUCUUAUCUAGUGAUGAACCCACCCCGACCACAUCUGUGCUGAUCAAAAAAAAA